AUGGUUGACUCUCUGUCGCCCGAAAAUGCACAAUAUGUUCUUGCAGUCUUCGAAGUGUUUCUAUACGGUUUCUCCGUGCUUGGAUUUAUGAUCACAAUUUGGACUCUGCUCCGAGGAAAACCAUGGUCUCAGGUCAACAAGCUUGUCCUCUUCUUUGCUGUGUUUCUUUUCGCUUUCCAAACCAUGUACACUGUCGUCGGCAUCCGGCGCAGGUAUGAUGGUUUUGUUAGACUUACAGAUUCGUACCCUGGCGGUCCCAGCGCAUUCUUUGAAAACGUCACCACAACGGCCGUCUUACUGAGGAACAUUGCAUGGGAUCUUCAAGUUGCUCUCGGUGAUGCCAUCGUGAUAUGGCGUGCCUAUGUUUUUUGGCAAACGCCCUGGAUUGUCGUUCCUCCAAUUGUAAUUUGGAUUGGAUUCAUAGUCGCAGCCGUUGGGGAGCUUCUUUCUAUGAGAGACACCGAGCCAUCUCUUGAGGGUCUCUUUGCUCCAAGCGUACAAGCAUGGUCCACGGCAGCAUUAUCAUUGACUAUGUCUUGCAAUAUACUGUCGACUUUCCUCCUGGCCUAUCGUCUCUGGAAAUUGGAGAACGAGUCGGGGGGAUCACGGAUGAGUAUAACCAUGUUGAAACCUCUCCUGGUUGUCAUGUUGGACACCGGGUUGCUGUACAGCGUCUGGGUUUUUGUCGCCUUCAUCACCGAUAUAUUGGGUUCCAGGUUCGAAUACGUUUUCGACAACUCCCUGCCUUCAAUCAUUUCUAUUGUGUUCUUCACAGUUCUUCUUCGUAUUGCUUGGAUGCAAAAUUUGCGACCAAGGAAAGGCAUAGCUGAUUCACAAUACGGAGGGGGGACGGCCACUUUGUCUACCUUUUCUCCACGGGAGAGAAGCUCACUCGAGAUGCGUUCUCCGCCGGUUCAUAUUCGGAUCGGCCGUCUCACAGACCGCUGUGAUACCGAGCAUUCCAGUACCGAUACGCAUAAAGAGGAUACAGAAAUGUUCCAAGAUGUCUAA